GUCAUUUCUGAUAUGUCGGACCAAACUCUAAUCCUUUUAUUUCUUGUCUGAAUAAAUUUUUCAAAAACUAGCGCUGAAAUCUGAAGACAAAUUCUCUUUGCUCUCCCUGUCUGUCUGUCGAGGUAUCAAGAAAGAGAUUAAGAAUUACAUGUAUUGAGAAGCAAUUUAUUCAUCCAUGUCUAGUAACUUCAAAAUUGGUCACAAUUAUUCUUUCAAUGCCGAUGAACUCUUACAUAUGGGAGCAACGCGUUCGGAGCAGUUGAGGAAAGAAAGAGACAUGCUUAAAGAAUCACAGUCCAAGAGCGAUGAGGAGAUCAAAAAACUAGAACUGGAUUUACAGUCAUUAUCAGAAGCUCAUGCAGCAGAUAGGAAACACAUUCAGGAGUUGCAAAGAGAACUGAGUAACUGCUCUCAAGAAAUAGCAUACCUUCAGGACCAAUUAAAUUUGAGGAACAUAGAAGCAAACUGUUUGGGUGAGCAUGUACAUAGCCUUGAACUAAAGCUGGUGGAAGGAGGAAAAUUACGUCAAAAUGUUAGCGAACUGAAGGCGGAGUUAUCUAAAGCCAAUUCCGAUCGUUUUUUCUUGAUGCGCGAAUUAGAAAACAAGGAAGUUGAACUACAAAAUUCUUCCUUAUUUAUUGAGAAACUGGAGGAUACAAUAUCAUCUGUUGCAUUGGAUUCGGAAUGCGAAAUUGAGAGCUUAAAGCUAGAUAUAGCAGCCUUGGAAAAUAGUUCCUUUGAGGCUAAAAAGUCUCAGGAACAAGCUGUUCAAGAAAAAGAUAGGUUUGAGUUCCUAUAUCAUGAUGCCAAAAAGAUGAUCAAGCGCUUGGAGAGAGAGAAUACAGAAUUGAGGAAGAAUAUAAGAGAUUCAGAGGAGAAUUCAGGAAUGUAUUCUCAAAAGGUUGGGGAGCACCUAAAAGUCGAGCUUUCAGCAUCAGAUGUAGUCGGCACUGCUGAGGAACUUCUUAGCCCACUACUAUCAAGAUUGGCUGUUGCAGCAGAGUCGGAUAAAACAUUAAAGGAUGACAUAGAUAAGAUGUCCCAUCAGAUCUUCGAAUACGAGCGUCUUGUGAAGCAGCUAAAGGAGGAUCUGAGAGAAGAAAAGUCAAAAGCAAAGGAUGAAGCAGAGGACCUAACUCAAGAAAUGGCAGAAUUAAGGUACCAAAUCACGAGCAUGCUCGAACAAGAGUGCAAACGCCGUGCUUCUGUUGAACAAGUAUCCUUACAAAGAAUAGCAGAGUUAGAGACACAGGUUCGGACAGAACAGAGAAAAGCCUCCUUGGCUAACAGGAAUUUUCGCGAGGCACAGAUCCUAGCUGAUACCAGAUCCUUGGAGAUCCUCCAUUUGAAAAAUGUCUUAAAGGGAGUACAAGUAAAUAUACAUAGAAAUGAUAUGUGCAGUUGCGGCCAGUGUAAAUUAAUGGUAAAUCUAAUCGGAGAUUGCUUUGACAAAAAACCUUUAGAAGCUGAACCUUCAAAAUCAGUGGGUUCCAUCGCGGAUGAUGAGAUAGUAUCUGAAGAAUUGAGAAUAGCAUGGAAUCCGGAGGAAACUUGAAAGUUAAAAAAACUUCCAACUACUUUGAGUCGUUGACACUUAGUGGUGAGAAAACAUGAAAUCUCAGCACUUAAAAGGCCUAGAUAAAUAAAGCUCUCAAGCGGUGAUGAAAUCCUCGCUUCCUAUCAGACGAAAUAGGGUCGUUUGUUUUUUUCGUGAUGCAUCAAUUCUGGUGAGGACAGUUUCCAAAACUUGAUUGGUGUUAAGUAUUUUUAAGGAUCAGAAACUUAAUCUCCAAUUGGCAAUUAUGUUUAAAAAAUAUUACACUUCUUUUAAACUCAAUUUUCUUUACUAAGUUUAUCAAGCCUUGGAAAUUCUAAAA